UAGAUUGGAUGCUAAGCUUCUUUGCUCUUAAGAACUUGAGGCUUAAUUCCAGGUGGUUUUGUGCUGGUUCUGCCAUCUCUGCUGACACGGACGUGACCCACUCCUCUGUGCACAAGCUACACCAGCAUCUCAGAAGCCAAGAGCAAAUCCACAGUAUUAAAGUGUUUACAGGUGCUGCUGAGGAAAAGGCUCUGGAUCUAGAUGGUGCUAGACCUAUAAUAUUGAAACAGGAAUCAAGAAAGAGAAGCCUUGCAGAACAGUGUCAAGGAAGGACAAUGAAGGAAACAAAAGAUGACAAGUCUUCCUAUACCUGUCCUCUGUGUGAAAAGGUUUGCACUACCCAACAUCACCUGACUAUGCACAUUCGCCAGCAUAACACUGACACUGGAGGGACAGACCAUUCCUGCAGCAUCUGUGGAAAGUCUUUGAGCUCUGCCAGCUCCCUUGAUCGCCACAUGCUGGUGCAUUCCGGUGAAAGGCCUUAUAAAUGUUCAGUAUGUGAUCAGUCCUUCACCACCAAUGGAAACAUGCACAGACACAUGAAAAUCCAUGAGAAGGAUCCAAACAGCACAACAAGUACGACGACGCCUGUCUCCCCACUGAAACGCAGGCGAUUGUCCACCAAACGUAAACAAGAGACUGAGGUGGACAAGGAGGACCGGACUCCAGCAAAAAAGCAGGUUGCAGAGGAACCACAAAGUGGUGAAGCUGAGAAGAAAGCGGAGGAAGCUUUUCGCUGUCCAGUGUGUUUCAAGGAAUUUUCAUGCAAAUAUGGACUGGAAAGCCAUAUGGAGGCACACCCAGAUACCUCGUUGAGGUGUGACAUCUGUUGUAUUACCUUCCGCACACAUCGGGGUUUGUUGAAGCAUAAUGCAGCCAUUCAUAAACAACUUCCAAAAGACCCAACAGGAAAGCCUUUUAUUCAGAACAACCCUUCAAUCCCAGCAGGCUUCCACGAUUUGGGAUUCACAGACUUCUCUUGUAGGAAAUUUCCCCGCAUUUCUCAGGUCUGGUGUGAAACAAAUCUGAGGAGAUGCAUCAGUGAAUUCCAUCGAUAUAUCUGCGAGAUGUGCAACAAGGCAUUCCCUAUGCUCUCUGCACUCAAGCUGCACACAGAAACCCACGCAACAAAUCAGGAACAAGAAAAGCACGCAACACAGUCAGAGGAUGCAGACCUGAAGGCUUACAUGGCAUCCUUGGGACUGCGGCAUACCAAAGACAUUGAACCUGUCAAGGAGGAGGAGCUUACACGAGAUGAUGAGGUCCAAGACAUGCAGCUUAGAACACUGAAAUAUAACCUACCUCAGGAACCUGGUAGUGCUAACCAGUUGAAUGCCAGCCCUUUGGAGGCGGCUUCUAUGAGUGGGACUUUUUCGGUCCUUCCCCCUACAAAGGAAAACAUGAAGCUCCUGUCACUACAGCCUUUUCAGAAGGGCUUCAUCAUUCAACCUGACAAUAGCAUUGUCGUCAAACCCAUAUCUGGUGAACUUGCAGACAUCCAGCAGAUCUUAAAGAUAGCUUCUUCAGCAACCCCACAGAUCAGCCUCCCACCACUUUCUAAGGCCUCUCAUAUCCCUGUGCAGUCCAUAUUCAAGCAUAUGCCUCCGCUGAAGCCAAAGCCCUUGGUAGCACCUCGUACUGUUGUAGCAACGUCAACACCUCCUCCUCUGGUCAACACUCAGCAAGCCUCACCUGGAUGUAUCAGUCCAAGCCUGCCUCCAGUGCCACCCAAAGUGGUCAAGACCUCCGAAGAAUCGACUUCAGACUCCCAUCUUUCACAUAAGAAGUCAGGAGCCAAAUCAGGCCUUUCUUCCCAAGGUAAGACAGAGACUUUGAAUCAGCAUGAAAUGAAAACGCAGUUGGAGCAAGACAGCAUUAUUGAGGCCCUUAUGCCUUUAGCCAGAGAGGCAAAAAUCAAACAAGAGGUAACAGAGCGAGACUUCAAAGCCAUGAUGGCUGGAACGGCAAACAAGAAGACUCCAGCCAUGAGGAAAGUCCUGUACCCCUGUCAUUUUUGUGACCAGGUAUUUCCUUUUUCUGGGGUCUUGAGGGCUCACGUCCGUUCCCACUUGGGCAUCUCUCCUUACCAGUGCAACAUCUGUGACUACAUUGCAGCCGACAGAGCAGCACUGAUCCGACACUUGAGGACGCACAGUGGGGAGCGGCCGUACAUCUGCAAAAUCUGCCACUACCCUUUCACAGUGAAAGCCAACUGUGAAAGGCACUUGCGCAAGAAACACACCAAGACAACGAGGAAGGACAUUGAAAAGAACAUUGAGUAUGUUGCCAGCAAUGCGGCAGAGAUGGUCGAUGCCUUCUGCUCCCCAGACACGGUGUGCAAGUUCUGCGGUGAGGAUCUUAAGCAUUACCGCGCCCUCCGCAUCCACAUGAGGACACACAGCAGCUCCCAGAAGAAGAAGCCAUUUGAAUGCAAAGAAUGUGGCACUGCUUUCUCUGCCAAGCGCAACUGCAUCCAUCAUCUCCUGAAACAGCACGUACACAUCCAAGAGAAGGAGGUAGAGAGUUACAUCUUGGCAGUGGACAUCACCCCUCCAGAGAGCCAACCAGCCCCUCUGCAGUUAUUGGAAGAUAACACUUACAUAGACUGCAAGCCUGUCACAUCUUUCCUGGAAUCGCAGAAUGGCUUUUUGAAGGGCGCCCCCUCUCAUACACCGAUCAAACUUGAAACUGCAAACAGCUUCCCUAGGAAUGUUGAUGAGCCUUUAGACUUCUCCCAAAAGAACAAAAACUUGAACUCUGUGCUGGUAAAACAGGAGGGCCCAUUUGAUUCUUCCUCCUAUGACUGUUCCAUGGAGCCUAUAGACUUGUCAAUCCCCAAGGCUCCAAAGAAGGAAAGUGAUGAUACCCUUGGCGAGGACAAAAAGCAAGAGCUCCUUGAUGGGCAUGAUGAGAAACUCCAUAAUCGUCAGCAGUCUCCUCCAGUUAAUGGCAGCCUGGACCACCAGGCUCUCCGACAUUCCCAGACAUUCAAGGGUCCACUACAUUUGUCUGUCCCAAUCAUUUCUCCCACUCUUUUGGGGAACUCUGUUUUGCUGCGACCAUUACGGCCCAAGCCACCCCCUCUCCUGCCAAAGCCUCUGGUAACUAAAGAGCUGCCGCCCCUCGCUUCCAUUGCACAGAUCAUUUCAUCGGUGUCUUCGGCACCCGCUUUGCUCAAGACAGAAGUUGUAGACUCUGUCCCCAAGGCAGCCAUCACCAAUCCUGUUGGGACUGAAAAGUCAGGGAACUCCAAACCAAACUCAACAAUGGUGUCUGCUGUCCAGAAUGAUCCCUGCCUUCCCAGUGAUUUGAUGGAACAGGCUGGCAGUCCAAACAGUCCCCAGAAAUCUCCCAGUCCUGGGUCUAUGAAGAAGAGAGGCAGGAAGAAAGGAACGAAAAACAAGCCAAAGGCAAGCAGUGGUGUGGACCUGGAGUCGAGUGGGGAGUUUGCUAGCAUAGAGAAGAUGCUGGCAACCACUGAUACAAAUAGAUUCAGCACAUUUCUGCAGUCGACGGCAGAUUUCAAAGAAGCAGCUGACAGAAAUGGAACCAGCGAGGAAGAAAAAGAAACAGCUGAAGACAAAGUCCUCAGGGGAAAGAGAAAUGCCUACUCAAAAUGUGUUCAAAAAAUUAAGUGUCCUCAUUGUCCGAGUGUUUUUCCUUGGGCAAGCUCUUUACAACGGCACAUGCUUACUCACACAGGUCAGAAGCCCUUCCCCUGUCAAAAAUGUGAUGCCUACUUUUCCACCAAAUCUAACUGUGAACGUCACCUCUUACGCAAACAUGGAGUUGCCAACUACUGUCUGAGAAGAAACGGGCUUAUCCCCCAGUCUAAAGAAAGUGAUGCUGGAGCUCAUGAUAGCACAGACAGUCAGUCAGAUCUGGAGAAUGCAAGUGCAGGGAGUGAAGCACUCAACUUGACCUCGGCUGAGCAAGACCACUUAGAGGAGGCAGAUGAACUUCAAGAAGAACCAGAAUGCGGUCCCAAAGAAGAGGAAAAAAUGGACUUGUCCCAAGGAGAGGAAGAGGAAGAGGAAGAGACACAAGAGAAAUUGAGUGAAGAUGAAGAGGAGCCAGAAGAAGACUCUGUCAGCAACAAAAGCCUUGACCUCAAUUUUGCUAGCAAGCUAAUGGACUUCAAGUUGGCUGAGAGUGACCAGAGCACAGGCAGUGGUGCUCAGACUGAAAACAAACACACCUGUGAGAUUUGUGAAAAAUCCUUCAAGUUUGCUGGGACUCUUACCCGACAUAAAAAGGCUCAUGUCCGAGAAGACAGGAAGGAUGAAAAGAGCAGUGAGGAUGAAAGCAAAAAUGGUCAGGGUGGAGCUCAAAUUCCUGUUACUCAGGAGGAACCUUCACUUGAGCAGGAAGAGCAUGGGAGGGACAUCAAAGUAGCGGAGUCUCCCACAGAUGGUGAGGCAACAGGAAGGGAGAAUGAGGAGUGUGAAAGCACCUCUGAGGGAGAGAGCACAGAGAGAAAAUCUUCUGAAAAGAGUGAUGAUGACAGAAAACCAAAGGCUGCUGGUGGGGCUAAGAGUGAAUCAAAGGCUGACAAGAGAAAGAAAGUCUGUACAGUGUGCAACAAGAGAUUUUGGUCCCUACAAGAUUUGACGAGACAUAUGAGGUCCCAUACAGCGGGCGCUGGAAUACCUCUUAUGUUCCACUAUGAGCCUGUCUUGUUGCCCCCUGUUGGUCAAAUUGUGGAACUGUGGUGUGAAAUUAGAGAGGACAAAGCUGGCAGGGCAUUAGAUCCUCUGUCACCAGGUUGA